AUGGCACAACCUGUGCGAAAAAAUAGACCAUAUUUACCGGAUGUCUAUGUACAAGAACCGAAGCAAAAAGAAGAUGAACUUAGUACUGAAACAGUUAAGAAUGGAUUUACAUUCAAACACAUUGAUCUGGCAUUAGAACACGAUGGAUUUAAAGAUUUUAAACAAUCUGAAGAUGAUAUAUUAAAUUUAUUUCGACAUAUUUUAACAAAGAAGGAUGAAAGUAAUACAAUAAAUGAUUCAAGAAGAAAAUUUUCAAUAAAUACAAAAGAUAACUUUUGGCCAGCUGUACGUUCACUAAGACGUUUUGAAACAUGGAUGUCAGCAUUAGCAUCCACAGAACCUGUAAAUAAAUUAGUAAAAUCGGUACCAACAUUUUUGAAAAAAGAAGAUGUAUUUCACCAUUUGUUUGAACAUAAUGUAGCAUUAUUACGUGCUGGAUGGUAUAUUAAAAUGUUAGCACUCUAUUAUAGUACAAAUAACGAUUCAAAACAAAAAAAACGUCAUGUAGCAACGGAUCCAUGUACAGAAUGGACAAAAGCCAUAAUUGACAUACUCAAAGAAGUUUUUGGUCGUUUGAUUAAAGACAAUCAUUAUCAAACACAAAUGUCUGAAUCGAAUACACCAUCUACAAUUAAUGUAGACUCAGAUCAAAUUAAUGGUCCAAAUUCAGUUUCAACUACAGUCGGAUCAUUGACGCCUCAAUAUGGUCCAUCUACUCCGCAAAUGUUACACUCUUCAAAUUUAUCACAACCGUCGGCAUCGCCAACACAAACGUCAACAACUUCAACGUAUCAAAAUACGGCAGAUAAAACAAGAAGACAAUGGGAUUAUUACAAUCGAUUACUAAGAGUACUGUUUGAUCAAGCCCUUUUAGAUCGUCAUAAUAUUGUUGAAUGGGUUGUUGAUACAUUUAUUGAUCGAAUCAAACAUGCCGAUGAUCAGAGUCUACGUUAUGUUAUGCCUAUUGUUUUUCAAUAUAGUAAUGAAAUAUUAGAAUAUGAAAUAUUUUCACGUAAAAUUGCUUAUUAUUGUUGCUCAAGACUUGGUGAUUUAUACAAUGACAGUGUUACUUCAAAUUCAACACAAAUGACGGUACAAAGCUCUU